AUUGUCACUAAUACCCUGGCAUCGCCAAUCACAGCUCGAUAUGUACAGAUAAAGCCAAUAGAAUUYCAUGGUCAUGUGUCAAUGAGAACUGAGUUCUAUGGGUGCGUCUUGUCGGACCGCUAUCAAGUAAUGGGUCGCAAUGUUCACAUGGACUACGUACAAGAGUACCUUACAACCAARAAGGGCGUUAACUUUGAAGACACACAGGACCGUCCUAAUAACAUUGACCUUGAAGUUCUUGCUGAUACUAUUUACGUUAAGGGAGACAUCAAAAUGCGUGGUAUGAAMAAACUAACGAUGACAAGUCGAAAAGUGUCUUUUGUCAAAGACAGUAAGCUCGACCUCAGAGCUCCGGAUCUUAACCAAGAUAAUCCCACGUUAAACUCUGGUGACAGUGGGAACGACGGAAAGCAUGGUGUAGAUGGACCAACAGUCGAUAUCUAUGCCGACAUCGCUUCUGGAUACGUGAAUAUUGAGUCAAGCGGCGGAAAUGGAAACAGCGGUCAAARUGGCGCAAAUGGAAAGAAAGGUGCUGAUAGCCAAAGUAAGCAACCGGACAAGACACAAAGCGAUUGUGACAGUMAUGCAAGAAGARGCUAUUCUGGUGUAUAUGGCUGCARUAAUGUCAAUGGGGCAAAGGGCGUCAAAGGAGCCAAUGGUGACAAUGGUGGAUAUGCUGGGAAAUCAGGCAAUGGAGGUAACGCCGGUCGUCAAACAAUCUACAUCAGAGAACUAAAAGGAACGCUUUCACUAAAAACAUGCCGUGGAACCGGAGGCCAAGCAGCUCUAAAUGGAGUAGGAGGACCUGGGGGUCUCGGAGGGCAGGGAGGGAGAGGAAUACGUUGCAAAUAUUCAGAGAGAUGCGGACGGAGUCGAUGCUACGGCAGCUGUAAGACAGAUGGUCAUCUAUCCCAGGGACCCCAAGGAGAUACAGGCAAUAAAGGACAAGAUGGGCAAACUUUGGUUGCCGCUGGAUCAAACGGACAGGCAGAGAACUCUUUUCUGCGAAAAGAAGCCUGGCUAAGUUCUACUGCAAAAAGCAGAUAUCCACUGGCUCUAAUCAAGCUGAUGACAAGGCUAGCRGAGGACCGUAUCUUGGCGGAUGAUGUUGAAAUGGCCGAAGCAGUGUUGACCUUCGUUGUUAAGAUAACAGAAGGGAGGGAAGAUGCCCAAAGGCAAAGAAAAAUUGCGAAGCAAAGGUUGACGUUUUUCCACAAAGAAGGAUUUGACAGAUUUGGAAAGAACAAAUUGUUUGUCCCUCUUGUAAAGUGGGAGGCUUUUAAGCUUGAAGUAGAACAGAUUCGAGAUUACGCCAGYGAUUAUGAAACUGCUUACAAUGGAUUACAAGCAUCGAUAAUGGCAAGCGAAAAUACAAAAGAAAUUAUWAAAGCACUACCGCCGGCGGCUGCACUCCAAGUUAGCAAAGAAAAGGAAAGGCUUAUCGAGGCAAGGAGAAUUGCCCUUAGCGAGAAAAAUGCGUAUGUGCCGGCUAUCAAGGAGUUAGAAUCCAGCAUGAAGGGGAGCCUAGAAGACAUGCUGACUGAGCUACCUGAUAUACAAGGCGACACCAWAUUCACAAAACAGGAUUUCUUUGCAAUUCUACAAGGUGUAACUGGAUUUUUCAGUGGUAUCGCUCAAAGUGAYCCUUUUGAUUCUAUUGGUGCUGCUAUUGGAGUUGCUGAGCAUUAUGCCACAAAGUGCAACACUGGAACACUUCAGGACAAUCUAGCAAACCUAAACAAAUGGUUAACUUUUGGUAAGGAAUAUAAAGCUUUUGAGGAUUCUAGUGAGCUUGAUUUUGAUAAAAUGGACGUAGGUGCUGUUCCAGAAGUGAUGAAGGCCAACCUCGAAAUGAACAAGGAAGGUCUKRCCUCUGACCUAACAUGUCUGCUCGAGCAAAGCUUACCAGAGUCCGUGACAGCCAAGUUCAAAGAAAAAAUGGAGCGGUUCUUCAUUGCUGGAUCUGCAAGGAUUGAUCUCAUCGCAAAAGUCAUUGAUUUAGACAAUGAGAUCGGGGGAUACAACUUUGACAUUCCAAAUCUCGAACAAACAGCUGAUGAGAUUCAAAGUCUUGCAAAUAUUGGAGAAUCUCCGAUUGAAGAUCACAUCCAACAGAUGUUUCUUGACGAUCUCUUGACCUCUUAUCAGGAAAUGGAAACUACUUUUUCCAAAAAGCUGUACUUGUUUUACAAAAGCUUUGAGUUCCGUUCGCUGUGGGAUGUUAGUGACAAGUUGACUGGGUUUGAAAGAGCCGCAAGUGAAGMAGCACSCAACAAUGGGCAACUUCAAGGCGUUGUACAACUGACCAACGCUCUCCGGACGAUAACUGAACUCGAGAGUAAAGGAAGACAGUGUUUUUCAAAGUUUAUUUAUAGGACUAAUCUACACAAAUGGUCUUACAAUAAAGAAGAGCAUCCUUUGUUGUUUGAAGACCUUCAUCAAACUGGUUUGACAAGACUAACCUUGGGAAUAGACAAGAGUUGUUCAUCGUGCUACAAUGUCCGUCUUUUGGAGAUGUAUAUUGAGUUCUAUGGAGAUACCACCCAGGAAGAAAAUAACAUGCCAGCUGAGGUCCAUUUAGAUGUCAGACACGAAGGAGMCUCCUUUUUUAGAAAUGCAACUGGAGAUAUCAAACAAUUUCGACAGAAAUUAUCUAAGACGUCUUGGCGAGGGUUCACGUUCGACCGUUUAGUUAUUACCAAUGAAGAGAAAUGUAACGAAGAAAAACAGAAAGGAAUUAGUGAUUCUCUGUACUGCAUGAAUGAAGAAGACAGUAGAUUGCAACCAAUGUGCUGCCAUUUCCUUAGCAAUACACCCUGUGAUGAUGCACUCCUUGGAUCGGCAGAAUGUCAAAGUGUCUUUGGUACUUACUCGAUAAAAAUGCCAAAAGAUGAAAAAGCCGAAUGUGGUGGCUCACAAAUGGCUAAUAAAAACUGCAAGGACUUUGAUCGAUCUCUUUACACCAAGAUGAAUGUUUGGAUUCGCUCUAUGUACUGGAGUGAUCACUAUCCAACAGGACCAGAUGAUCCACAAUUGAAUAAUUUUAAGCGGAUAAGGAUUACCAUGAAUCUUUUCCAAAUCCUAUCAACGCUGAAUUUUCUUCUCUUCCUGGAYACGGGAAUGGGACAGGGUAAACAAGCUGUAGAAAAUGAUGGAUCGUGUGCGAUUAUGACACGUGGAGAUGAGUCGUUCAAUGAGGAUAUCACAGAUGUUCCUAUGAAAUGGUACGAGACGCCAUCAUUUGUGACCUUGUCAUCAGGAUGCAAAGGUCAAGACCCUCUUGGCAUGGAAAGCGGUCUAAUAACAAGACAGCAGCUCAAGGACACCUCUUCAUCGUAUGAUAAAUUCCACGGUCCAGAGAAUGGCAGGCUAAAUUUCGCAAGGGCAAGAGGAAGGACUGGUUCCUGGUCAGCAGCAACCAAUGACGAAAAUCAAUACCUCCAAGUUGAUUUUCUUCGAGACGUGAAACUUACAAAAUUUGCAACACAAGGUCGACCAGAUUCUCCUCAGUGGGUGACAAAGUACAAGCUGACAUAUAGUCCCGAUGGCUCCUCGCCUGCCUUCGAAACUUAUCAAGAAAAUGGAGUCGAUAAGAUCUUCGAGGGGAAUACUGAUCAGAACACCGUUGUUAAACAUUUCCUGCAAGGAACAAUCAAAGCCCGAUAUGUACAGAUAAAGCCCGUCGAAUGGGAAGGUCAUAUCUCAAUGAGAGCAGAGUUUUAUGGAUGCGUUCUAUCGAAGCGCUAUCAAGUACUGGGUCGAAAUGUUCACAUGGAUUACGUUAAAGAACAUCUGAGGACAAAGGAAGAAGUGGAUUUUGGAGACACUCAAAUACGUCCUAACAACAUCGAACUUGAAGUGCUCGCCGAUACCAUCUAUGUUCGCGGAGUCGUCCAAAUGCGCGGUAUAAGUAAGUUAACGAUGUUCAGUCGCCAAGUAAUCUUUUUAAAGAACAGUAAACUGGAUCUCAGAGCUCCUGUUCUAUCGCAAACUAACCCCACAUUAAGCGCUGGGCAAGAUGGAAACGACGGCAAACACGGUGUUAACGGACCAAAAGUUGAUAUUUUUGCCGAUUCAUCACGAGGCUACUUAAAUAUUGAGUCAAGUGGAGGAAAUGGAAACAGAGGUCAAAAUGGUGCACCAGGAAGAAGAGGAGCCGACAGCCAACAUAGGCAACCGAACAGGUCAGGAACUGACUGUAAAAAUCAUGCAAGGAGAGGUUACUUCCGAAUCACAGGCUGCAAUAAUGUUAAUGGACUAAAGGGGAUAAGAGGAGGCAAUGGCGGCACGGGUGGAUACGCUGGAAGAUCAGGCAGUGGAGGAAACGCUGGUCAACAAUCUAUUUAUGUCAAAAACAUAAUAGGAAAAAUAGAGCUUAAAGCCUGCCGUGGAAGUGGAGGUCAGGCAUCUGUAAAUGGAGAAGGUGGAGCCGGGGGUCUCGGAGGACAAGGAGGAAAUGGAAUUAAGUGCAGAUUUUGGGAGCGUUGUAGUUGGAGUGGUGCUUCAUGUUCAAGUGGCUGUAACACCAAUGGAGCAUUAGGUCAAGGACCCCGAGGAGACACGGGGAGUAAAGGGCAAAACGGACAAGGCUUGGUUGACGCUGGCGCAGACGGCGAAGUUGAAAGUUAUUAUCUUCUUAAAAGGCCACUAACGGAGAAGGCGAGAGGAAGAUAUCCAUUAGCUUUAAUCAAACUCAUGACAAGAUUGGCCGAAGACCGUGUCUGGGCGAAUGAUCUUGGAGUGGCAAGAUCAGUGUUUCAAUUUGUAGUUCGAUUGGCAGCAGGGAGAGAAGAUGCAAAGAGCCUUAAAAAAUUUGCAAAGCACAGGUUGGCCUUUUUCAACAAGGAAGGAUUUGACAGAUUUGGAAGAAAUAAGUUAUUUGCCCCAUUGAUGAAAUAUGAAGCUUUCAGGCAACAUGUAGAACAAAUUAGGGAUUACGCCAGAGAUUAUGAAACUGCGUAUAAUGAAAUCAAGGCAUCUAUAGAAAGGGGGGAUGGUAUAAGGCAGAUACUGAGAGCACUUCCUCAGUCAGCCGUGGUUCAAGUUAGCAAAGAAAAAGAAAGACUUAUUGAAGCAAGGAGGAUAUCACUAACCGAGAAAGAGGCCUACGUACCGGCUAUAAAGGAACUGGAAUCCAGCAUGGAGGGUCUUUUAGCGGACGUAGUCAAUCAAAUCCCUGACGUGCAUAAGGCGUCAAAGUUUACCAAACAGGACAUGCUUGCAAUGCUCCAAGGCAUAACUGGGUUUGCCAGUGGUGCCAUGGGAAAAGACCCAUUCGCAGCUCUUGGUGCUGCUGUUGAAACAGUUGGACAUUUUGCGACAAAAUGCAACACUGGUACUUUGCAAGAUAUUUUGGGCAAUGUUAAUAAAUGGAUGACUUUUGGUAAGGCUUACAAGAAGCUGAAGGAUUCUAGUGAACUGGACUUUGAUAAAAUGGAUGUUGGUGCUGUUCCUGAAGUAAUGCAGUUUUUUGGAGACCUCCAUAAGGGUAAAGCGAGGUUAAACAUUGGUAUCGGUGAAAGCUGUAGAACGUGUUUCAACGUCCGUUUGCUAAAGAUGUAUGUCGAGCUCUACGGUCCUAAUUCUCAGCAUUCCAAUAAUAACAUGCCGGGAAGGGUACAUUUGCAAGUUCGGCAUGAGAGCGCUUCAUACUUCAAAAAUGGUCAAGGCAACAUUAAAGAGUUCCGUCAGAAGUUGGGAACUACUUCGUGGCGAAAGUUUGAAUUCGACCGCUUUACGAUCACAGAUACAGCCAAAUGCACUGCAGAAAAGCAAAAAGGAAACAUUGGUUCGCUUUUCUGCAUGGGGAAAGAUGACGAACGCUUUCAACCCAUGUGUUGUCAUGACACGCCUUGCGAUGAUGCCCUUUUAGGAGCCAAGGAAUGUCAGAGUCCGUUUGGAACAUAUACAAUUGACAUGCCCAUUGAUGAGAAUGCUGAAUGUGGUGGAUCACAGAUACCGGACGAAAACUACUAUUAA